GUUUAUGCUUGAGAUAUAACCUAAAUAACCUAAAUAAGAAAUAGAGAAUUGUUAAGUAUUAUCGUCAAAUUAAUACAAUGUUUUCAUUGAAUACGACCAUUGGAACUAUACUUCGUGUUAAGCGACAUUUAUAUUAUAAUGUGGUUAAUGGACUUCACCAAUCUUGCACACGAUAUUUGAAUCAGAGGUGGAGAGAAAAACAUGGAUUAACGGCCAAUCCAAAUACUUUUAGUCCAUUAACUAAUUUACCAGAUUAUACAUUUAAAGAUGGAAGGCCAACGCCACUUGGAGUAAGACAAAAAGCACGUUUGGAUAAACAACGUAAUUAUGCGGCAAGAAUUAUUAAAUUAGUAGGGGAGAUAGAUUAUGCUGUUGAAAGGCAUGCUGAAGUGAAGAAACAAAAGAAACAAAAAAGACAACAAAUACUUGAUAGUAAAUUGAAACCCAAAGGAAACGCAUUGCUUAAAAAACAGCUAGAAAAAAAAUUAAUUAAUUCGUGAAUGUAAAAUAAUAUACUUGU